UCACAAUAAAGCUCUUAUUAUUGCCCAUCUGGGGUAAAGUCAACGUUUAUAAAGAGCUGCACUGCAAGAAAUUCUGCCUCUUUUCAGUGAGUCGGAUCAUUCAAUUCGGCUCACUAUUGAGAGUCGACUCUUUCAGCUCCUGAACGGAUCACUGCCAUUUUCUCUAAACCAAACAGAAGGUUUGUGUCCAAGCCUCAGAAGGAGCCUCAGAGACCCUGCUGAAAUGAUUGCUGUUCUGGUGUCCUGCUGCUCCUCACAAUCCGUUCCUACAGAUUAAAUGCAUCCAUAAACAAUGCUAUGAGAGAAUAGAUUGACCAUGACACCCAUAGCCAUCUCUUGUAGUCAGGAGAUAUCGUCUCUCCAUCUUAAUUCAUCUCAUGGCCAAAUCCAGGAAGAUAUUAAAUGUGAGGCAAGUUUUACUCAAGAGACCGUGCUCCAGAGCCUCCGCAGCCUCCACACGAGAGAGAAGAUUCAUCACUGCUCGCACUGUGACAAGAGUUUUAAUCGUCAGAGUCAUCUGCUGACGCACGAGCGCGUUCACACGGGAGAGCGGCCGUAUCAGUGCUCGCAGUGCGGGAAGAGCUUCACUCAACGGAGCAACCUUCACCUCCACCAGCGGAUUCACACCGGAGAGAAGCCACAUCACUGCACAGAGUGCGGGAAGAGUUUCACCCUCCGCAGUCACCUGCGGAUGCACCACGUGGUACACACGCGAGAGCGGCCGCACCAGUGCUCAGAGUGCGGCAACAGUUUCAGCCAGCCGAAUCACCUCCGCCUGCACCAGCGCAUCCACACAGGAGAGAAGCCGUACCUGUGCUCUGAGUGCGGAAAGACCUUCAGUCAGCAGAGUCAUCUCCGAAUACACCAGCGCGUCCACACGGGAGAGAAGCCGUACUGCUGCUCACAGUGUGGCAGGAGUUUCACUCACCAGAGUCACCUCCAGCGUCACCAGCUCAUCCACAGCGGGGUGAAGCCGUAUCACUGUCUGCACUGCGGAAAGAGUUUCACACACGGGAGCACGUUUCAGGCACAUCAGCGCAUCCACACAGGGGAAAAACCCUAUUACUGCUCGGGGUGUGGACGAAAUUUCACUUAUUUAAGUAACUUACAGAGACACAAGUGCACAAGUCAGGUAAUGUGAUUUGUGUAAACUUCAUGAGAAGCUUUUAUCAUGCUAUUAGACUUGGGAAUGUUUGUGUUCAUCUUUAUUUUCACUUUGUGUUCUACACGAUUGUCUGCACAUUUUGGUGUUAAAUUAUGACUCCGGUGAGGAAUACAGACUUUUUCCCGGUCCAGUGUAAACUACUAGCUUUAAUCAAACCUGGUUAAUUUGCUUAUUAAAGCAACUAAUGACAAGAUUUUACAGCCUACAGAAGUAUCAAACGUACAGUAACGAUGCUGUGUGUUAACAUAAUUGAGGUGUGUGUGUGUGUGUGUGUGUGUGUGUGUGUGUGUGUGUGUGUGUGUGUGUGUGUGUGUGUAUUCUGACACUAUCAGUGAUGUAACCAUGUAUUCAUUUAAAUAACUUAAAGAAUCUGUUUUUUGUAAAACAACCUUGAAUCAGUGUCCAGUCACUGACGGCACCAGACAUCCUGAAAACCGUGAGCAUUACAGAGUAACAGUGUCCUAAUGGUAUGUUGACUUUCAGUGUGAAAGAGGCUGAAAGUGGAAAAAGGUUUCAUCAUCAAUACACUAGUUAAAGUAUUUAUUUUAGAAGAACAUUUAUAUGUACAAAUGUGCAUCACUUUGUUCAGUGUGUUUAUUCCCUACAUGAGCGACCGGACACAUCGAGUUUAUUACAUACAAAGUGUAAAGAACUGAAAUGGAUUGAAUGGAAAAAAAUAUUAUACAAUUAUAUCAUACAUUUAUGCAAUUGUUAAUUUUUACAGCAAUUAAAGUUGAGUGUCCAGUUUCCA